AUGGGUAUGAUUUCACGAGUGCGAGGCCGAAUCAGAAGUGAUUCUUUUUCCAAGAUUCAUACUCUUAAGACAGAGGACAAACUUGCUAAUAUCGUAUGGCUUUUGUCCUUGGUGUUUCUACUUCCCUACUGGGCGCCGCGGGGGCUGCUGGUUGCGCUCGGCGGCGCGUGGUUAAUGGCUGCCUACACUUGCCUCGUGGUUCCAGUCCUUAUAUCAGCUAACUAUAAAUACCCUGCGAGCUGGUAUCCUGCUGUGGUCAAACUCGCCCAAGAAGCGAUCAAAAGACUGAGGGAGCCAGCGUCACAAGUGCUAAGGAUAGCGAGGGCUAUAUAUGCGCCGGUGGAUCGUGCCGAGCGCAUUUUCCUACAAAUGAGCAACUUAUCGACUAUGAUUGGACAGUUAUUGAUGUUCACGGCCUGCGACCGUCUGCUGGUCUCCCAAGGAAGAUUGACCUGCCUGUAUUCUCUGAUGUUCUACAAUGUUGUGACGUACUCGGUCAGCUAUGUUCGAGAGAUCUGCACCAAAGAAGACUGGUCACCGUACGUCAACGUCACUCGCCACUCCCGUGUGAAACACCUAGCCAUGUCUGCCACAAAAAUAGUUCUAGAAUGGACAAAAGCAGUAACAUUCAUUGUCACUAUAACUUUCGUGCUUUUAGCUCUUGGGUUGGAGCAAGGUUUAGAACACUACCGACCAACAGCACUUUACACGGUCAUUACUGGCAUAUAUUAUCUUUUGACUGAGAAAACCUUCCUCGAACUUUGGCCCCUCGGACUUUCAGCUUUAAAACUGGAGAGACUUGAAGGCAUGGAGGCUUUGUACUUUGGCGUAUGGUCUAGGUGUAUAACCACGUCAUUGGCCUUACCUUUAGUUCCAGCCUUGAUAUACUAUGAACGGUGGCGACUAGCCGCUUUAGUUUUAUAUGUAUGUGUCUUUAUUUAUGGUCGACAUAGACUUGGAGAAGCCGUUAAGAAGUUUCAAGAGGCAUGUGAUUCACUUGUCAAGUUCCGACGUGCGACAGUGGAGGAACUUGAAACUCUGGAAGACGUCUGUGCUGUGUGCCUUGGCACAAUGAAGUCGGCCCGAGUGACUCCAUGUGCCCACUUUUUCCACGCGGACUGUCUCAGAAAAUGUCUUGCUACAUCUGACAGAUGUCCUAUUUGUGUCAGGCCGUAUAUCUUCUGUUGA